ACUAAUGCUAAUUCAUUUGGUGGCCUAGGUAAGUAGAAGUACAUACAUUAAUUUAUAAUUAGUGUUUAUUUCUGUGUAAAAAUGACUUUUUUACCUGUAUAGGUAAACGAAAAACAAUGCGCACUGGUGAAUUCUUUAAGCUAGAAAAAAUGUUGUAUGAAUGGUUUUUAGAAGGCAGAAAAAAAAAUAUACCGAUUGAUGGUACCAUUUUAAAGAACAAAGCUAAAUACUUUUACAAAAAAAUAUAUAAAAAAGAUGACUUUUCUGCUAGUUCUGGUUGGCUCCAAAAAUUCAAAAAAAGACACGGAAUUCGAUUUAUAAAAAUUUGUGGUGAAAAGUUGUCUUCUCAAAAAGAACUUGUAGAUCCUUUUUUAAUCAAAUUAGCAGAAAAAAUAAAGCAGCUUAAUCUAGCGCCGGAUCAAAUCUACAACGCGGAUGAAACAGGCUUAUAUUGGAAACUGAUUCCGGAUAAAACUUACGUUUCAAACAAAGAAAAAAAUGCGCCUGGCCGAAAAGUUUGUAAACAACGUUUGACAUUUUUAGCGUGCACGAAUGCGUCUGGUGAUCAUAAAAUAAGACCUCUUGUUAUUGGAAAGUCAAAAAAUCCACGUUGCCUGAAAAAUAAACACAUUCCUGUAGAUUAUGAUUCUUCAAAAUCAGCUUGGAUGACUUGCUCAAUUUUCAAAACAUGGUUCGACACAAAAUUUAUUCCUCAAGUGAGAUGCUACCUUGAACAAAAAGGUCUUCGUAAAACAGCUCUUCUUUUGCUUGACAAUGCUCCAAGUCAUCCACCUGAAGAUGAACUCAUAAGUGAUGAUGGUCAAAUCAUUACAAUGUUUAUGCCGCCUAAUGUUACUGCCCUAAUCCAACCUAUGGACCAAAACUGUAUUAGAAUCACAAAAUUGAAAUACAGAAAUCUACUUCUGUCCCACAUAAUCGCAAAUAAGGCUGAAGAUUUAGAAUUUAUAUUGAAAAAAUUUAACCUUCGUAAUGCUGUUACAAACUUAUCGAAAGUUUGGGAAAGUUUAGAACCUGUAAUGAUAGCUAAGUGUUGGAAAAAAAUUUUUUCUACUUCUUUCGAUAAUGAAUAUGAUUCUGAAGAUGAAAUCCCAUUAAUAAAUUUAAAAUCCCAAAUGUUUUCAGAUCAGGAAAUGAACAUUACAAAAUCAUUAUUUCAGAAGAUUUGUCCAAAUGCCAACUUAUCAUCAAAAGAUAUUUAUACGUGGAAUGAAGAUGUAAACUUAGAUGAUGAAACUCCUGCUGUUGAAAUUGAAUCUGAUGAUACUGACGUAUCUGAAGAGGUAGUAGAAGUUCAAACUAAAAUGAGUCAUUCUGAUGGAAUCAAAGCCAUCAACGACUGUUUGAAAUACACAUUAGAAAAUCGUGCAACAAACGAAGAAAUUUCCGUUUUGAAAAAUAUUCGAGAAAGAGCUGUUUUGGAGCAAAGUAAGCAAACAUUUAAAGAAUGCAAGAUUACAGAUUUUUCAAAUGAAUGCGUUAAAACCAGAACUCUUUCAAAUAAAUGUAAAAAGUUAUUUAAAUUCCUAACUUAUGUUUUCAGAUUCUUUGUUAAUUUUUAG